AUGGAGAGAAGGCUUCCGUUUUCCUACCCUGUACCGGACUUCUUGCUGACGCUUUUGGGACUUUGCCUGUUUUUGUUUGACGUGGCGCUGGAUCUGCACUUGAUCGCGUCGCUGUGUCUUGAGAGCGCUUAUCGCCUGGUGACAGUGGUGGUGGCUCUUUUGCUGUUCUCCUCUGUGCUGGUGCACAUUUUUAGCUGGCUGUGGUACAGCUAUGAAGAUCCAGAUCCAGAAACCAGAAUCGAGCACUUUCUCAGGCGAUACCAUUUGCUUGGGGCCUUCCACUUUUUCCAGCUGGGUGUCUUCAUCAGGUAUGCAGCCGUGAUGGAGAUAUCAGGACGCAGCUUCAGGGAGAAAUGCGACUGGCUGGAAGGCCUCGCCGUGUACCACACCCACGACCUCAGCAUGCUGCGCCUGUUCGAGACGUUCUUGGAGAGCGCCCCCCAGCUGGUGCUGAUGAUCUACAUCAUCAUUCACAAAGGGGAGCUGGGGCUCUUGUCAUUUUUUAAGGCUGGAGGCUCUGCCGCGUCCAUCGCCUGGAGCGUGGCCAUGUACCAUCGCUCGCUCCGCUCCUUCCUGCCGGACAAAGACAAGCAGGGAUGGGGCUCCUCUGUGGUCUACUUCCUGUGGAACCUGCUGCUGAUCGCCCCGCGCAUGGCCGCCCUGGCCCUCUUCGCCUCCUCCUUCCCCUGCUACGUCGCCGCCCAUUUCCUUCUCCUGUGGGUGGCGCUGUUCCUCUGGGCCUGGCUGCAGAGGACUGACUUCAUGGACAGCGUGUGCGGGGAGCUCUUGUACCGGGCAGUCGUCGGCAUCAUAUGGUACUUCAGCUGGUUCAAUGUAGCUAAGGGUGAUACAUUUAUGAGGAGUGCUAUCCACCACGCUUUCAUCAUGGUGGACAGCGGGCUGCUUCUUUGGCUCUGGUGGGAGAGGCAGGACUCUGUGGAUAAGCCUCUGGUUGAGCCCUGUGUAGUUUUCAGUGUUAUCGCCUCAUCAUUCGUACUGGGACUACUACUGAAAAUUACAUACUACAAGUGUUUCCAUCCAAAAAAUCCCAGACUGCAGACAGUCUCUGUGUUCCUCACCGAGGCUCAGUCCAGGGAGGGGGACACUGUGGAUUCCCGGGACUCACCAGUGGUGAUGGAUCGUAGUAUAGGCAAGCAAAUGCCACCAGUUAGGGCAAACAAGAGGAUGAGGAACCUGGCCGCCAACUUCUACUCCCCCUCACAGGAAAGGAGCGAGAUCCCGCUACACACUCUGAACAUUCAGCAACUUAGCUUCUCGUCGCUACUAGAAGCCAUCGUGGUCCACAACACCAGGGGGCACAGAGACACUGCCACCACCCAUGAACACGUCCCCCCGGGUUUCAGCUCGGUGUCCGUACAGGCAGGCGGGCGGGCGGAGGGCCCGCCUCCCCCCUGGCUGCGGGUUCGAAUCUCAGGCCGUCGUCAUGGCGAUGGCGUCCGCACCGUUCCCUUCCCGCGUGGGAUGAAGAUGGAGAUGGUGGAGGGAGAGGCCGCGGUAGGGUGA